AGCCUCAACCCGUUUCGCCAUUUUUCUUAUAAAUUCGAGUUUGACUCGUUUUUUCUACUGCGAAUUUCCGUUUUUUCUUUCUGCAUGUUCCCAUUUUCGGCCUUUUCGUGGUAUUCGAGGACUAAGAACCGACCUUGAGGCGAACUGUGUUUCUAGUUCUUUCUUUUUUCUCGUAAUUUAUGGAAAAUUGAGGAUUUUAAGGUUUAAGGAAUGAUGGGAAGUUGUGGCGAAACAAACGAGGAUCACUUCUUUGACACUACUGGUGAUGAGAUAAGUUCUUUGUCUGAUUGUUUUUAUACUAGUUCUGGGACUGCCAAUGAGCCAUUAGAUUAUGAAUUCUGGGCAAAGAACUUAGAAAGUGUGAGUGAACGGCGCACUAGGCUUUUGAAAUGGAUGGGAUUGAGCCCUGAAUGGGAAGUAAUGAAUAGAGAUGAAUCGAAUGAUGAAUGUUCUGAUAAGUUCAAAGCUGGGGAUCAUGAUAGGAUUAGUGACAAUGGUGAGGCCGUUCUGGCAAACUCGGAUUCUGAGGAUCAUUUCUUCUCGGGUCAAUCUUCCCAAUCAGGCGAAAACGAUUCUCUGGAGGAGAACUGUUAUUGGAAAAUUAGGAAUUUGGACAAUGGAACAGAGUUCAUGGUUGAUGAGUUAGGUCAGGAUGGCACAGUUAGCCGGUUACGAGAAGUGGGUUCUAAUAAAGUGAUCACUCUCGAAGAGUUUCAAAGAGCGGUAGGCUCUUCGUCGUUGGUUCAGCGGUUAUUGGGGAGAGAUUCGGAGGGAUUUCGUAUUGUUGAUACGAUGAGAAAGAAAGUGAAAAGAAAUUGGCUUCAGAAACUAACAAAGCGGUCUCGUUUGAAGUCCAAGGACUCCAAUGUAAACACGGGCAUUGCCAUUCAAAAGGUUCUGGUUCAUACAUGUAAAAAACAGUCGAAAGAACUGUCUUCGCUUUACAGUAGGCAAGAAUUUCUGGCACAUGAAGGUUCGGUCUUGACAAUGAAGUUCAGCCCCGAUGGCCAGUACUUAGCCAGUGCUGGCAAGGAUGGAAUUGUGCGUGUUUGGAGGGUGAUUGAAUCUGAAUUGCCAAAUAAACUAAACAAUCAGGAUAUUGAUCUUUCCUGUUUAUAUAUCUCGCUAAAUCAUUUCUCGGGAUUAGCAUCCCUUAACCUUGAUAAGGAGAAGAUAGGACAGAUGAAAAGAAUGAGAAAAUCAUCAGAAUCAGCGUGUGUCAUCCUCCCGCCAAAGUCCUUCCAGAUUCUAGAGAAACCAGUACACGAGUUCUAUGGACACGAGGGUGAAGUCCUAGCUCUUUCUUGGUCAAAACAUGGGUAUCUGCUAUCAUCCUCUGUUGAUAAAACAGCUCGCCUGUGGCAAGUAGGACACGAUCAAUGUUUAGGCGUUUAUUCACAUAAUAAUUAUGUGACCUGCAUAGAAUUCAAUCCCGUGGAUGAUAACUACUUUGUUAGCGGUUCAGUAGAUGGAAAAGUGCGUCUUUGGGAGGUGCACCGCCAUCGAGUUAUUGAUUGGACUGAUGUAAAAGAAAUAGUUACUGCGGUGUGCUAUUCCCCUGAUGGAAAGGGUGGUGUUGUGGGCUUCAUGGAUGGGAGUUGCCGUUUUUAUGAUGUAGUAGAUAAUUGCUUGCAAAUGGGCUCUCAAGUAUGCCUGCACGGGAAGAAAAAGCUUUCUCAAAACAGAAUAGUCGGAUUUCAGUUCUGCCCAGAUGACACAAGCAAAGUCAUGGUUACUUCAGCUGAUUCGCAGAUUAGAAUACUUAACGGCUCUGAUAUCAUCUGCAAAUUCAAAGGGGUCCGAAAUUCUGCUGGCCUGGUUCCUGCGACCUUUACAUCGGAUGGAAAGCACGUUGUCUCGGUUACUGAAGAUUCGAAUGUCUGUAUCUGGAACUAUAACGAGUCGCAGACUACUAAGACCAUACGAUCCUAUGAAAGUUUCUACUCCCAGAACGCAUCAGUGGUGAUUCCUUGGUGCGGUUUGAAAACCGACCCUGCAGGAUCACUGCAGCCAGGAAGCAUCUUAUCGAAUGGGAAGGCGCUAGAGAAGUCGCUAUCGUUUUCCACCGAUUUGAGCCGUGGGUUCUCGUUUGAUUCUCAGUUCAAGGGAUCUGCAACCUGGCCGGAGGAGAAACUCCCUAAUUUGAGCCCAUCUCCAUCUCCAGCAGUAUCGAAAUCGGAUUACAAGUUUCUUAAGAGUGCCUGGCAAAGCGCAUUGGGUUCUUCUCCAAAUUUAUGGGGUCUUGUGGUUGUCACUGCCGGGUUGGAUGGAUACAUCAGAACAUUCCUUAACUACGGUUUACCAAUUCGUUUUUGAGAUCAUAAUUAUUCAUUUAGCUGCUGCAGCCUUGAAUUUGGGUGGCAUGCAAAGAUUCAUUAGCACAGAGAUUAGAGAUGUUAUGAUUUGUUGUUGUAUAUGAUAUUCAAUUCUGUACAAUUAGUUUUCUUCUCACAUGUUCAUUCUAGUCAACUUUUUAAAGUACAUAUUAAUUCAGUCCUUAUCCGGCCGGUUCUCAUUUCCGAAA